AUGUCUUCCAUCCGCAACCUCUUCCUCGGGCUCCUCAGCCUCUCCGCCACCACUUACGCCGAGCACCUCCGCGUGGUCUGGUCCUCGGGCAGCUUCUCAACCAUCAGCGGGCCCGGCGCUGGCUCCCAGAGCGGGCACUACAGCGGCUUCGCCAUCAUCAACGACAACGGCGAUGCCAUCUACGACGACUCCACCCCGAGCGACCACUCGCCCUGCUACAACACGGGCAACGGCCGCACCUUCACCAUCGAGGGCUCCUGCUGGGACACCCCGCGCGUGUUCCACUGCAAGUCCGACUUUGGCGGCAUCCCCGAGACGUGCGACGUCAGCACCAAGGACGGCAACGAGCUCGGCAGCGGCACGCAGCAGAAGGACACCGAGUUCAUUGGGAUUUCUAUCGGCAUCGACGGCAGCUGUGUUGUCGAGUUUGACUCGGACGGACCCGGCUGCCCUGUUGAUGACGGCAACGGCCCUCUUCACGUUACCUCUGGUUAG